AGGGUUCGAACCGUUUUGGGGAGCAGCGGGGUGAGGGCAGGCAGACGGACUGUGCUGUGGGGCUGGCGAGAUGCUCUGGGCAUGUGGGUUUCUGUGGGGCUGUGCUUCGUCCCUGGGGAAGCCAGGGGGCCCGCAGGGCUCAGCCCCUUUGUGGGGAUGCUGUGGCUCAGCCCUCUCUGCUCCCGGAAAUCUUAAGUGUGGAUUUGGGGGCUCUCAGCACCCACACAAGGCACUGGCUCCAUUGGGGCACUCAGGAAGGGUGCAACACCUUUCCAGGGGCCGCUGCUGACCCCACGGCACCCUGGUUAUCGCUCCCCCAUGUAAGGAGCCGGGGCUGGAAAAGGAGAUCUGGUGUGUGCCAGGGCAGAGCUGGGAAGCGUGGAGGAGGUUUGCAAGGAGACAGAUUCCUCCCAGUCCUUUCCCAGUGCCUGUCCCCAUCCCUCCCCUCCAUGGUGGCAGGGGAGGUCCCACAUCCCACUGGACCUGGGAUGCAGGAUAGGUGCUGGGACCGGCUGCGGGCCAGGGCUCUGCUCUCUCCUCUUCAGGGACGAACACCACUGCUGUGCUGCUGUCUGUCUGCAGAGUUGUGACCGUCUCAUCCCCUCAGUGUCCCCAUGGGUAUUUUGAGCUGCAUAAAGUACCUGAUGUUCAUCUUCAACGUGCUGGUGUUUGCUGGGGGGACGUGCCUGUCAGGUGUGGGGGUCUGGGUGGCUGUGGACCCGGCUGGUUUCCAGGACAUCGUGGCCACCAAGGCCGUGCUGAGUGCAGGCGCCUACCUUCUGCUGGCCGUGGGCAUCGCCCUCUCGCUUCUGGGCUUCCUGGGCUGCUUCGGGGCCCUUCGCCAGAGCCGGCUGCUGCUGCUGGUGUUCUUCAUCCUCGUGAGCCUCGUCUUCGUCACGCAGCUUGUGGGGGCUGUCCUCUUCCUGGUGCACUGGAAACAGAUCCGUCCAGAGCUCUUCCUGUCCGAGCUGCGGAGGAACUACUGUGGGGAUGAGGACACCAAGGUCUUCUCCACGGCCUGGAACACCCUCAUGAUUACGUUCUCGUGUUGUGGCGUUUUAGGGCCUGAGGACUUUGGGAAUGGAUCCCGGUUCCUGGAGCUGCACCCGGGGAUGCCCUGGCCGCAGGCAUGCUGCACCCGGGACGGGCUCCUGCAGGCAGGCGAGCUGCUGGGCUGGGAGCAGUGCCGGGAGAGGAGCCCUGGCUACAUUCAUGAGCAGGGCUGCUUCUCCACCAUCGGCAGGACCUUGCUGAAGUACACCUCUGUCCCUGGGGCUUGCAGCUUGGCCGUGCUGGGCAUCGAGAUCUUUGCCAUGUUCUUUGCCUUUUGCCUUUAUUACAAUUUCGACUGAGCAGGACGCUAGGAGCAGGACGCCACGACCGCUCCGGGUGCAGCAGAGACAAGCCAAGUGCUUUGGAAACGGCAACAGGCCAGGACACUCCAUUCUCUUGCACAUCAGAACACGGCUCUUUAGUUUAGCACUGUAGUUACCUCCUCAGGCAGGCAGAAGCCUGGAGUCCUGCAUCUACAGGACACAGGCUAACUUCCUCACAGACAAGCCUGCGGACUUACUAGAGAAUUUCCAGAGUUUAACACUACAAAGUAGUUUAAAUGCAUCUUCUGCUUAGCAUCUGCUUUCAGCUUGCUUUGAUGCAGGGACAGCAAACUAGAAACUGCAAUGGU